GGCACAGUCUUGGACCAGUAAUCAACAUAUCAGCAUUCCGGCCUGACUCGACCCUCUCUCAGCCUGUGGGAAUCGGACAGGCACCCAGCCGGCUCUUGGAACGUGGCCGUGAAUUGCGGCGCCUCUUCGUCUAGGUUCAGCUCCCACCUGCCAGUCUCCCGGCUUCCCUUUCAUCCGGCGUCCCGGGAACCUGUGAUUGGCGCCUGCGCCGGCUGACCUUGAGUGAGGAGCUCCCCCGGAGGAACUUGGGCAUUCCUUAACAUCGAACAGAAAGCCUGCACUAUUGGCCUUCAUCUCCUCACAUAAUACCUGACAUUCAGUAAAUGUUUGUUAAACUUGAAGAGACAUAUGGGCAAUGAAUCUGGAAAGGGAGAACAUCUUUGGUCCUACAGUUUUACUAACACUGACAUUUAUUAAAGUGUUCUUAACUUGCUUUUUAUGUAAAUAAUUGGCUAGACUUCAUAUUUUUCACUCUAGAAUCCUAUAACCUACAGUUACCAGAGAGUUAAACAUUAUUUUUAGGAUAGUUUCUACAUUAAACCUGAAAGCUCUUCCCUUCUUAUUCCAAAAUGUUGAGAUACUGGGGAGAGAUACCAAUGUCCUCAAGCCAGACCAACAGAAGUUCCUUUGAUCUGCUCCCACGGGAGUUCCGUCUGGUAGAAGUACAUGACCCACCCCUGCACCAACCCUCAGCCAACAAGCCCAAACCCCCCACUAUGUUGGACAUCCCCUCAGAGCCGUGCAGCCUCACCAUCCAUACCAUUCAGUUGAUCCAGCACAAUCGACGUCUUCGCAACCUUAUUGCUGCUGCUCAAGUCCAGAAUCAACAGCAGACGGAAGGUGUAAAGACUGAGGAGAGUGAACCUCUUCCCUCCUGCCCUGGGUCACCUCCUUUACCUGAUGAUCUCCUACCUUUAGAUUGUAAGAAUCCCAAUGCACCAUUCCAGAUCCGGCACAGUGACCCAGAGAGUGACUUUUAUCGUGGGAAAGGGGAACCUGUGACUGAACUCAGCUGGCAUUCCUGUCGGCAGCUCCUCUACCAGGCAGUGGCUACAAUCCUGGCUCAUGCAGGCUUUGAAUGUGCUAAUGAAAGUGUCUUGGAGACGCUAACUGAUGUGGCGCAUGAGUAUUGCCUUAAGUUCACCAAGUUGCUGCGCUUUGCUGUGGAUCGGGAAGCCCGGCUGGGACAUACUCCUUUUCCUGAUGUUAUGGAGCAGGUAUUCCAUGAAGUGGGUAUUGGCAGUGUGCUCUCCCUCCAGAAGUUCUGGCAGCACCGCAUCAAGGACUAUCACAGUUACAUGCUACAGAUUAGUAAGCAACUCUCUGAAGAGUAUGAAAGGAUUGUCAAUCCUGAGAAGGCCACAGAGGACACUAAGCCUGUGAAGAUCAAAGAGGAACCUGUGAGUGACAUCACCUUUCCUGUCAGUGAGGAACUGGAGGCUGACCUUGCUUCUGGAGACCAGUCCCUGCCCAUGGGAGUCCUCGGGGCUCAGAGUGAGCGCUUCCCAUCAAACCUGGAAGUGGAAGCUUCACCACAGGCUUCAAGUGCAGAGGUAAAUGCCUCUCCUCUUUGGAACCUGGCUCAUGUGAAAAUGGAGCCCCAAGAGAGUGAAGAAGGCAAUGUCUCUGGGCAUGGUGUACUGGGCAGUGAUGUCUUCGAGGAGCCCAUGUCAGGCAUGAGUGAAGCCGGGAUCCCUCAGAGCCCUGAUGACUCAGACAGCAGCUAUGGCUCCCACUCCACCGACAGCCUCAUGGGAUCCUCCCCGGUUUUCAACCAGCACUGCAAGAAGAGGAUGAGGAAAAUAUAACAGCAAGAGAGUCCUACAACACCCAACAGAAAACCUUGAUGAUCUAUUCGAAUUUGUUUCUAUAAACAGUAAUUUUAUUCUUAUUAUUAAACACAGUGGGCUUUCCUAAUUUCAGAGAAAAAGGAUUUCACCAAACAAGAUUUCAUUUUAUCUUGGUACCACAUUUUAUAGUUUUCCUCAACAACAAAGCCACCAUUCACCAAUGGAUCACAAUGGUAAUAAUCAAGUCUCUCCCUGACUUUUGUCUUUACUGUGUAACUACGUUUCUUAGCUUCUCUGCAGCCAUUUCUCUUGCACAGUUGAGAAGACUCAUAUUACUUUGACUUACCUUGCACAGAGGAAUGAGUACUGAGAUGUUUGUUAAACUUCAAAGCUGUACUUGAAUAGAUUCACAGGAAUAUAUGCCAAUAUCAGGUGUCAGUUUUUCAUUUAAUUUGAUUUAUUUUUGGUUCACAUCAUUGGGAAUCCAAUACCAAUACCUCAUAGGAAACUAAACACAAGAAAGCGUAUCUAUCAGUCAUCUUUGUAAAGUGUUUUUGCUAUCUAUGAAGUCUCUUAUAAAAUCAGGUCUGUGGUGACAUAGCCUUUUGUUUAUUCAAACAGCCCUUUCUCUAGAUUUAUUACAUCUAUUCUCAUCCUUUUUGCCUUUAUUUUGAUACUUCUGCUGACUCAGACUUUUAAGUAUUUUUCACCAUGUAUGUUUACAGUUGUUCCUUUCAUUUUCUCCUUUGUGAAUGAAGCAUACGGGGCUGACCAGGAUUGACUGCUUAUUUCCUUUUUUCUAUCUGCUUGGUCAUCAGGGAUCCAUUCCUCUGCCAGAAUUCCAAACCCACACAUUGUGCUUCUAAUACAGAUGGGCAGCCUUUAAAAAAACAAUACACACCUUUCAACUUCACAUCAAACCUGAACAACUUUACUGGUGUUGCUCAUCCAACACAGUAUUUGCUCUGCUUGACAUCUGAGUCUCAAUCCAUAUUUAUCAAUGAUGUAGCAUUAUAGUGAAUAGUAAUAAAAGCAAAUAAUUUGGUCAUGGAGCCAGCAUGUUAAAUGAACUGAGGUUUGAUUAUCUAAUGCAGAACACAAAUCUUAUGAAAUUUGGACCACUCCUCUAAGAGAAAAGAGACCAAAAAUAAGGCACAGCUUUAAUUAGUACAUUAUUAAGUGCCUUAAGUGUCCCAGGCAGAGAUAAAGAUGUGAAUGCCAAGAAAAUGAGGUUAUAUAGUUAACUAAUUUAUAAGUUAUUGCUAGUUAUAAGUCAGUACACUCAUCUAAAGCCUUCCUGUUCUAGUCUUCAUUUCCCCUUGCUUAUUAAUGAGAUAGCCAUCUGGGUACUUAAUUCAUUCACCUAUCAAACAUUUAUUGAGCAUCUAUUAUAAGCUAGGUCUUACGCAAGGGAUACAAAGAUGAUUAAGACAGUCCUUGCCCUUAUAGAGCUGAUAGCAUUGAGGAAACAGGUUAGUUUUAAAGGAAGAAAAUGUGAUCAAAUGCACUAUAGAGAAAAAAAUCAAGACUGUUUUAUUAUGGUUUCUCCUGAAAGAACCAAAUUUUUAGACCGAUGUUUCCCACUAGGUACAGAAUAUUGAAAUUAGUAGUUAAUGGUAAAAUAAGACACUUUUAUUGCUUUGGAAUAUUUAAAUUGAGAACAGUCAUGACAUGGUCAAAAUUAGGAUAUUCUCAUAAAGUAAAUCAUAUGAGGAUUGGUACCUGAUUCACUGGGCCUGAAAUUAUCAUAGGCUGAGUUGGAGAGGUGUUUUUCAAACUCUUGUGCAUGAGAAUCACUUGGAGGGCUUAUUAACGAGUUGCUGGGCCCCACUCCCAGAGCUUCCAGUUCAGUAGGUUUUGAGAGAUGUCUUUAACAAUUUCCCAGCUGAUACUGAUGCUUUUGGUCCACAGAGUGUGCUCUGAGAACCAAUGAGUAAGAGUACAGACUAGCCAAGACAAACCAUAAUAAUGGUUGUUAUGUAUGGAAUGUGCACCUGACUGAAAUCCAUGGCAUUUAAAUAAAUCACCAAGGAUACUUUGCGUUAACUUCAAAGUACAAUACAAACGGCCUGGCUCUGUGCCUGGUUUCUAGUUAUGGGUACAAGGGAAUCUUCAGUAAAUAUCACCUCCUUAUAAGACAGGUUUAGACAUGUGACUUUAAGCCUCUUUUGAACACAAGGGAAUCUAUUUAUUAUAUAAUUUUCUAAUUUGAAAUCAUGAAAGGCAGGCAGACUUAGAAUAAAAUAGUAAUUAAAAACUCUUUAUCCAAGUUACCAUUUAAACAGUAUUCGUAUUCAGAAAUCUUAUGUUCUGCCCACUUUCUUCAAUAACACGGUGCCCUCUAAUGAGCUACUUAAUGUGAGACAUAUUUCAUAACACUGGUUGCUAAGGAGACUCCACUGAUACCCUGGACAAGCUCAUGUGUCCCCUCUCCCUUUCUGCUACAAGAACAACUCAGGUUAUAAGUUGAGGACAUGAUGCUGGAGAAGUAGAGGCUAAGAUCUGAAGUGAUGGUAAGUUCUCUCUAUAUUCCAUUACCAGCAGAAGUACGUAAGGUCAAAUGAUAAAACUUAGGCUUGAAGGGAUAUUAGCUUCCAAAAGCAGCCAGUAUAUCCUUCCUUGCAUAAAUAUAAAUGAAAGGCCAAAGCAGACUUGACAUCUACCUGCCAGCUCCAAGAACCAUCUAUUCCUGACUUCAUCUGAGUCAUAAGAUUCUGUAAAAAGAGAAUUUCUGCUAUUCUUUAGAAAACUGUUCUUCCUCCUAGCCCUGAAUCAGAUAAGAAAAGUUUCUUCACAUGGAAUUCUAGAAUGUGGGACUUUAGAAUCAAUUGAAGUUUCCUAAGAUCUUCUAUUUGUUGUUUCUCUUCCAGUACUGUGCCAUUGAUUCUUGCAUAAAAUUCUGAAAUGCUGGCUCUUCAUGGCUUUCCUCUGUAACUGCAAGGAAAAAAGGAAGAUGAAUUUUUUAAAACUCUCUCAGUAGAUAAGUGUAUCAGAGCUCUUGUCACCUACUCAUCAGAAAUAAUACUUUAUUUCUAAGAAACUAAGGUGCUCACUUCUCACAAUAAGGAAAUGUCUCCCAGAAGCAUGCUGUACUUACCAUGUUCAGUAUAAGAAGGGAAAAAAGAGCUCCCUCAUAUAGUAGCAGUGAAAGGGAGGUCCCACUCCAUUUCAUGUUCACAAAACACUAGUUGCAAAAUGGUGUUUGGUUUGGUUGGUUGGUUGUU